AUGAAUGAAGCGGCAAAUGAAUAUAAUGGUGAGUUUCAAUAUGAAUUCGAUCUCAACAAAGUUCAAUUUGCAGAGGAAACAACUCCAAACAUCAACACAUCCUUACCAAUGUCAGAUAAUCUCGCGAAUCACAUGUACCGAACUUGUUGUCCAAAAUUAAUUGGAAGAGUGAUUUUGGCAUAUGAAAGAGCAAAUAUGUUAUGCAAAGAAGAUUAUGAGGUAUGUAUUAUAUUUGUAUUGCAAAAAAAUCUGGAAAUAAUUCGUGUUUCAGACAGCGCUUUCUGAUUUCUGUGGUCAAACGUUCCAAAUCGACCCGAUUCCUCAAGAUAAAUGUGAUAAAGAAUAUAUGACUGGCUUGGUUUUCAUGGUUAGUUUAGAGAAUCAUCAGAGUUAAAUGAAAAAUUUUAAGAUGAACUUGCUUAGCCAUAAAUUGGAACAUAUACAAAACAGACAAAAUAAUGAUGAAAAAGAAGAAGAAGAAGAGAUUUUUGUAAGAAGACAUCGCAACAGGGCAAGUUCCAGCAGUGAUUCAAGCGAGGAUGGUUGGUGAAAAUUAUUGAUUGAUUUAUUUAAUUUUGAAAUUUUUUAAGUAAUAAAUUAA